AUGGAUAAACCAAAAUAUUUUGGACUCAAAAUAAGAAACUCACUAAGAGAAAUUGAUUACAAUGAAUACAAAAAGGUAAAGAACAAAAUAAAAAAUAAAUGUAGAAUUGCAAAAGAUAAAUAGCUGGAAGAAAACUGCAAAGAAAUUGAAAUUGAUUUAAUAAGAAAAAAAUACUGGUAAAAACCUACAAUAAAGUGAAAAGAAUAAAUUACAUUACGAAAAUAAGAAGUAAUGUGGUUAAAUAUAAAUCAGGAAAUAUCUUAUUUGAAAAUGAAAAAGUAACAGAGAGAUGGAAAGAGUAUAUAGAUGAGUUAUUCAGAGGAGAUGAAAUUGAAGAUUACCACAUUUAUUUUGAAAGUGAAGAAGAUAUGAAUGAAUUGGGACUAGAAAUAACCAGAGAAGAGUUUUACAAAGCGUUGAAAGAUUUAAGAGAUAAAAAGCAACAAGGAUGGAUGAAAUACCAGCAGAAAUAUUAA